GAGGGCAGGGGGCGGGGAGGAGGAGGAAGGCGCUGGCGGGCAGUGAUGGCGGCGGGUGAUGGGGACGUGAAGCUAGGCACCCUGGGGAGUGGCAGUGAGAGCAGCAGCGACGGCAGCAGCGAGAGCCCCAGCGGCGCGGGAGCGGCAGCAGAAGGGGGCGGCUGGGCGGCAGCAGCGUUGGCGCUCUUGGCGGGGGGCGGGGAGAUGCUGCUGAACGUGGCGCUGGUGGCGCUGGUGCUGCUGGGGGCCUACCGGCUGUGGGUGCGCUGGGGGCGGCGGGGUCUGGGCGCCGGGGCCGGAGCGGGCGAGGAGAGUCCCGCUGCCUCUCUGCCUCGCAUGAAGAAGCGGGACUUCAGCUUGGAGCAGCUGCGCCAGUACGACGGGUCCCGCACCCCGCGCAUCCUGCUCGCGGUCAAUGGGAAAGUCUUCGACGUGACCAAAGGCAGCAAGUUCUACGGCCCGGCCGGUCCAUAUGGAAUAUUUGCUGGUAGGGAUGCCUCCAGAGGACUGGCGACAUUUUGCCUAGAUAAAGAUGCACUUAAAGAUGAGUAUGAUGAUCUCUCAGACUUGAAUGCUGUACAAAUGGAGAGUGUUCGAGAAUGGGAAAUGCAAUUUAAAGAAAAAUAUGAUUAUGUAGGCAGACUCCUAAAACCAGGGGAAGAACCAUCAGAAUAUACAGAUGAAGAAGAUACCAAGGAUCACAAUAAACAGGAUUGAACUUUGUAAACAACCAAAGUCAGGGGCCUUCAGAACUGCAAUUCUUAUUACUCCCUUUCACAGAAUGUCCGGCGUCUUUGGGUUUGGUUCACCUGCUGCAAAAAACAUUCAACAGAUUCUAUACAAGCUAAAUGAGUCUCACUAUGAAGAUUUGAAUACUAGACAUUAUUUAUGCUGCCAAACUCAUUUGUUGCAGUUGUUUGUAAUGUCUGGUGGGGCGUCAUCAUCCUGAAAAGGAGGAAACGGACUUUUUUUUAAAGAGCAAGAAAGUUACAAGGUUACUCCUUCCUCCCUCCCUUCCUUCCUUUCUUCUUUCCUUCCUUCUUCCUCCCUCCCUCCCUCCCUCCCAGCCUUCUUUUUUUUUUUAAAUCAAAGACAACCAGAUAUGUAUUUGCUACUUAAGUGUACAAAUCUCCUCAAAAUCAGCAAGGGAUUCGUGUGCUGUGUUCUUGUUUAAGCUUUGAGGGAAGAGACCUGGGCAGGAGGUGUUGGGGGUACACAUCAAUUUGAGUAGUUUAGGUUACUGAAACAUUAAAAUGUGAAUUCCCAAACUUCUCUUUUUGGGUUUUGUCAGGGAAGAGAAAAAAACCUUUAUUUCUAAGAAAUUAGGAGAAGGGGUUUCAAGUGGAUCUAAGUCAAAGCUAAUUCCCCCGUAGUAAUAUCAUUUGCAACUAGUGUUUAUCCCUUCCCUUCCCUUAGAUCAAAUCAAUAUUAAUUGUGCCUUAUUUCACUUACAUAGACUUGAAUUAUUUUAGGGAAAGCCCCUAUGUGAAUUCAGAAGUCACUACAAGCAGCAUUGAGACUGAAGUUGGGAUAUUCUGUUGACUGCAAAACCUUGAUGUCAUUCUGUGUAUAUAGAAUGUAAAAGGAAUAUUCAGUGUUACUGCCACGUAUGUUAAUAUACACAAACUUAAUUAGCAUUGUAAUGGCCAAAUGCAUUCCCUCCUGCUUUUUCUCUUUAAAAAAAAAAAAAA